CCUCAGCGCGCCUGCGCGGCCGCAGAGCCUCCCCCGCCCCUCUCGCCGCUGCUGUUGCAGCCGAAGCCAACGCGGCUGCUGCACUGACGGCGGGUACCCGAGCCUCAGAGUUAACUGAUUUAUUCUUGAGACUCCUCUGCUUUCAUCUGUCCUCAUGGAUGAACUUCAGGAUGUUCAACUCACAGAGAUCAAACCGCUUCUAAAUGAUAAGAAUGGUACACGAAACUUCCAGGACUUUGACUGUCAGGAACACGACAUAGAAACAGCUCAUGGUGUGGUCCACGUCACUAUAAGAGGCCUACCGAAAGGAAACAGACCAGUUAUUCUGACGUACCAUGACAUUGGCCUCAAUCAUAAAUCCUGUUUCAAUGCGUUCUUUAACUUUGAGGACAUGCAGGAGAUCACCCAGCACUUCGCUGUCUGUCACGUGGAUGCCCCGGGCCAACAGGAAAGCGCCCCCCCUUUCCCAACAGGGUACCAGUACCCCACAAUGGAUGAGCUGGCUGAAAUGCUGCCUUCUGUUCUUACCCAUUUAAGUGUGAAAAGCAUCAUUGGGAUUGGAGUUGGAGCUGGAGCUUACAUCCUCAGCAAAUUUGCACUUAACCAUCCAGAGCUUGUGGAAGGCCUUGUGCUCAUUAACGUUGACCCUUGUGCUAAAGGAUGGAUUGACUGGGCAGCUUCCAAAAUCUCAGGCUUGACAACCAAUAUUGUGGACAUUAUUUUGGCUCAUCACUUCGGGCAGGAAGAGUUGCAGGCCAACCUGGACCUGAUUCAAACCUACAGACUGCAUAUUGCCCAAGAUAUCAACCAAGAAAACCUACAGCUCUUCCUGGGUUCCUAUAACGGACGCAGAGACCUGGAGAUUGAAAGACCCGUGCUGGGCCAAAAUGAUAACAAAUCAAAGACAUUAAAGUGUUCUACUUUAUUGGUGGUUGGGGACAAUUCACCAGCGGUUGAGGCUGUGGUUGAAUGCAAUUCUCGUUUGAAUCCUAUAAAUACAACUUUGCUAAAGAUGGCAGACUGUGGUGGACUGCCCCAAGUAGUUCAGCCCGGGAAGCUCACCGAGGCCUUCAAGUACUUUUUGCAGGGAAUGGGCUACAUCCCGUAUGUGCAGCUCAGUCACCUGAGCACGGAGCCAGUACCAUCUGCCAGCAUGACCCGGCUCGCCCGAUCCCGAACCCACUCAACCUCAAGUAGUAUCGGCUCUGGAGAAAGUGCCUUCAGCCGAUCUGUCACCAGCAAUCAGUCAGAUGGAACUCAAGAAUCCUCUGAGUCCCCUGAUGUUCUGGACAGACACCAGACCAUGGAAGUGUCCUGCUAAGCAGAUGCUCCUCCCCUCAACCAUGCAAGUUCAUCCCCCUUCAGAUGACCACUCCAUAAUAUACCAUUUCAUCCAGCAAACGGGCAUCUCUGUCUUAAACUCCUGCAUGGCCACUGACUCUUCCUGGCAUCUUGGGUUUAUCAUUCAUUCUCUGCCUGCCCGCCACCCUUUUUGUAUGUAUCAAGAACCACUUCCAUCCAUGCCAUUACUGUACCAUUCCAACAUCUUUAGCUGGUCAGAUCUCCAUAUUUUCUCAUGCCAGCUUUUCCCCUUGCUUUCCUAACUACGUAUCUGAUAAGAUUCUUUGAUUCUGACGUAUGUAUGUGAGCACGCGUGUCUGUGUUUGUGUGUGCAUAGUUCUGUGAUUUUAGACAUGCUUUCUUGUAGAGCUUCUGCAAAAAAAAAAGGGGGGGACUUUUUUUGGUUCGUUUUCAAGGGUGUUUUUAGGGGAAAUAUGCAGAACAGAUUUCUAGGUUGGGUAGGCCACUGCAUUCGUUCUCUUUUGGAUCCAAAUUGGUCAACAGGAUUUGCAAAGUGACUGCUGGAGAGAGCUGCCCUGUGGAAUGGGAAGACUGUAAUUACCGUUUGGACUGUUGAUUGAUUGUGACUAAUAGAAGGGAACCUGUUACACCGAGAAGCAGGCAAGGUGGCCAGCCACCUCCUUCUGUCCAAAUGAAUUCACAUAUACUAUUCUCUAAAUAAAAGGGAGGGAUGUGAACUGUUAGAAGCCCAUGGAUGAUGAGUUUUGAUGCAACAUGGAGCUGUUCCCAAAGGACUGAGUGUGGCUUAAUUACUGGACUCUCGUGGCACAAGAAGGUCGGAAACAAAAUGCCAGGCAUUCGCUCUGCUGGAGCAAAACACUGUCACUGCAGUGUCUUUCCAGACAUCCGCAAGAAGUGCCUCCCGGUCUGUGAUGGAGAGCGUUUCUCCAUUCCUCCAUCCUCAAAAAAAAAAAAGGAGGGGGAGCUCUAUGACCUAAAAAUUAUGUAGGUGGUGAAGAGAGGGGCAACGGGGAGAGGGACAGACAUUAACAAAAUAUCACAUUUAAUAAGUAUAACCUUGAUUUCAGCAGACAAUGGAAGCUCAGUGAAAUUGAGAGAACUUAUUUCUCAGAAAGAUCCUUAAUCCUGUGAACUGUCUUUUUGUAGGAGGGAAGGGGCCAAUAUAUUCAGGGCAGCCUGUCCAGGUAAAAGUUCAGUCUACUGCUAUGUGAAUAUCAAGGGACAGAGGGUGAAACCAUCUGCCACACAGCCAGGACCCAGCUCUUGAGGGCAUCGAGAUGCAAGCACAGGCGACACAGUUCCAAGUCUUGGGAAGGGGCUUUUCAGAGUAGUGUUCGCAUUCUGCCGAGAUAGAGAAUGCAUCACUCUGUCCGAGUACGACUUUUUACAGAUUAUUAAAUAAAGCUGUAUAUGUCUCAUUGUUA